AUGUCAUUGGCAGAGCCAGCAGAGUUGCUGCUGAUAAGGGACCACUAUGACCGUGCGUUGGAUUGUCUGACCAGGGGCCUGGCGGCCGACCAGGCAGGGCAGGGGCCCCAGGCCCUGGAGCUGUACAGGAGGGGCCGGCAGCACCUAACCCUGGGCCUGGAGGUCCCUACCAGGGGGCCACGGAACCAGGGGGCCCCUUGGGAUACGGCCAGGCAGCUGCAGCAGAAGAUGAGGGAGACUCUGACUAACAUCAGCACCCGAGUAGCUAACAUGGAGACAGCUGGGGUGAUGCCGGCGGGCCAGGGAGGCCCAGCGUUGGUGGAUCUAGUGGAUCUUUCUUCUCAGUGCCUCUACCCCACCCUGGGGCCAUUGGUGCCACCUGUGCCGCAGCCUGGUUCCUCCAACCCCCUCCUCCACCUCUACCCCACAUUGCCACCCAAGGCCGGGACUACAGGCACCACCAUGGCCACCUCUCUGCCCGUCAUCCCUGCCCUGCCGCUGGGGCUCCCAGGAGAGCAGCCCCCGGCCUACACCCCCAAACCCACCGACGGGCACCACAGCCUGGCUUAUAGCCCAGCCGGAGGAGGGGGUCUGGGCCUGGGGGGAGCUCCACAGCCCGGGGGAGAGGUAGGGGGGGACGGAGAGGAGCUUCUGUUCCUCCCUCGGGGGGUGCAGAUGUUUUUCGUGUCGUCGGACGGCCAGGUGGGCACCCCGUCGUACCCGGGUUACCUACGCAUCAUCAGGUUCAGCAGCCAGCUCAAAGACAUAGCCAAUGGAGGAGCGUCAGCCUUCCUACACGUAAGGAAACAACUGGAGUGUGUUGAAGAGAGAGAGAGAGAGAGUGAGAGUGAAAAUGGGUGUUGGCUUGUGUGUGUUUUUUAAAAGAGCAAUAGAAAAUAGCAUAUUGUCUCACACACCUAUCGUAUUACCAGGUGCAUGGAGAGUAACUGCAUAAUGAAUUUAAAAGAAACUCCUGUUUGUAAAAGAGCAGUAGAGAAAGGGUUGAGGGCAACUGAGGUAGUUUCAUCUAACUGUUUUAGGCUGGGCGGGGUUGUCUGCGUUCUGUCUUGUACAGGGUUGUGUUCAUUAGGGGACCCAAUGGUCUAAAACCUCAUAUUUGUGCGUUUCAAAAAGUUUUGCUACGUUGUGCCCUACUGAACAUGCCCCAGAUAAGAUCUGUUGUUUACAGAUGAAGUUGAUUCGCCGCAACAUCAUAGACAAUAUCUUAUUCCAGAUGAGUGAGACUGACCGGAGUGUAACCAUAUCUCUUGGUUCAGGGUUAGUGAGACGGAUAGCAGAUCCCAUAGACUGAUACUGUGUCAACCCAGUGCUCAAGCAUUCCGUACACAGACAGACAGAGGUGGGAUGGUCUACCAUAAAAAAAAAAAGUUUUAUUGUCACGUACAACGUGCAGUUUUACAAGCCAUAGCAGUACAGCACAUCAGGAGCAAAUUAAGGGCCUUGCUCAGGGGCACGUCAUAAGAUUUUUCACCUUGUCGACUCGGUAUUCGAACCUUUCGGUUACUGGCCCAACACUGCAAACGCUAGGCUACCUGCCGCACUUAUUAUUUCUGUUUGGUGUUGCUAUGACCAAGAAGAAUUCCCAGACCUGAAUGGAAUUCUAGAAUUCUCUCCCAGUGGUGAGGUCACAAUGCAUGAACUCCAUUAGGCAGAGGAGAGGAUGAGAGGAGGAUUGUGGGAGGUUCUGCUGAAUGAGAAGUAUUUCUAGUCCUGAUGAUGGUGAUGUUCCCCUCGUGGAACCAAUUACACCUAGAACAUCCACACAAAGUUCUACGUGGGUAAACGACAACAUUGAAUUUAGAAGGGAAUGGAUGGCUCUGUUAAUGUAACUGGUGAUUGGAGUCUGAAGAGACAAAGAAAUAGGCUUCAGAGAGAGUUGUGUCAAAACACUACAUUGAUUACUGUGCCUUUUUGACUGGCUGGAACAUGCAAUAGGUCAUUUGCUCAAUAACAGCACAUGAUUGGAAAGGUACAGACUCAUUCCAGAGCCAAAGUUUACUGCUGUGUCAGCGAUGUUUUUAGUCUGUCUAUCAAAGAUGAUCCUGAAGUUUUUUUGUAAGUGUGUAUUGAUCUGGUGGGGGACUGAGUUGGGGCAAGACUGGCCUUCGGCAGACAGACGUUUGGAGUUUGAUUCCCAGAUGGACUUCUCACAGGUUGCUGUAAUGUACAAUGUCAAGGGAUUUGAGAUCUAGGCUUGGUCCCAAAUGGCACCCUAUCCUCUAUAGCAGGGUUUCCCAAGCUCAGUCCUGGGGCCCUUCCUGGGUGCACAUUGUGUUUAUUUUUAUUAUCCCUAGCACUACACAGCUGAUUCAAAUAAUCAAAGCUUGAUGAUGAGUUGAUUAUUUGAAUCAGCUGUGUAGUGCUAGGGCAGAAACCAAAACGUGCACCCAGGUGGGGCCCCAGGACCGACGUUGGGAAACCCUGCCCUAUAUAUAGUGCACUACUUUUGUAUAAGGCUCUGGUUUAAAAGUAGUGCACUAUAUAGGGAAUAGGGUGCCAUUUUGGGACAUGACCUAGUCAAACGUGCUAAACCCAGCCGUGUGUGUUGACUGCCCUGCCCUGAUGUGUCUGACUCUAACCCUGUUGUGUUCUGGAUAGCUCACUGUCCCAGCAGUACAAUAGGGCCUGUUAACAGAUGACUGUGCUGUUCUGUUGUGUUUUGUGGCUGCGGUGUUGUAACCCUGGCUAGGGUCCGAAUGAACAAACAGCAGUCUCAAAUCAAAUCAAAUCAAAUUGUAUUGGUCACAUGCGCCGAAUACAACAGGUGCAGACAUUACAGUGAAAUGCUUACUUACAGCCCUUAACCAAUAGUGCAUUUAUUUUAAACAAAAAAGUAAGAAUAAAACAACAACAAAAAAGUGUUGAGAAAAAAAGAGCAGAAGUAAAAUAAAGUGACAGUAGGGAGGCUAUAUAUACAGUAAAAUAAAGUGACAGUAGGGAGGCUAUAUAUACAGGGGGGUACCGUUGCAUAGUCAAUGUGCGGGGGCACCGGCUAGUUGAGGUAGUUGAGGUAAUAUGUACAUGUGGGUAGAGUUAAAGUGACUAUGCAUAAAUACUUAACAGAGUAGCAGCAGCGUAAAAAGGAUGGGGUGGGGGGGCAGUGCAAAUAGUCCGGGUAGCCAUGAUUAGCUGUUCAGGAGUCUUAUGGCUUGGGGGUAGAAGCUGUUGAGAAGUCUUUUGGACCUAGACUUGGCACUCCGGUACCGCUUGCCGUGCGGUAGCAGAGAGAACAGUCUAUGACUAGGGUGGCUGGAGUCUUUGACAAUUUUGAGGGCCUUCCUCAGCCCUAACGAUGCCAACUGCCAACCAAUGAUAUAGUCUACACACUGUAUGCCGUACAUGUUGUUGUGUUGGUAGCCACGGUGUUGUAACCCUGAAUACCUCUGGCAUACACACUGUAAUCCUAGUAACCCCAGUGUUCCUUCCUAACGCGUGUGUGUUGCAGGUGUGUGAUUGGCUGUACCCCCUGAUGCCAGACACCCCAGUGCUGCUGUCUACCUCUGGGAUCUUUAUGUUUCCUGACACCAUGGCGGGGAUGCCCGGGUCCUACGUAGGGGUUGUGCUGUCCUCAGAACUGCCUGCAGCAGACAGACACGCCUUUCAGGACCUCCUCUCACAACUCACUGAGCUACGGGUACAGGUGAGGUUAUACGCACACACACACACACACACACAGUGUCCAUUCUCUCCAUUCCAUUCCCACCCUCCUAAAUACUGCCUUAUCUGUCUGUGACGUCAGAGAGAAAGCCAGCUCCGAGCCUGUCAGUCAACCACCACCCACCCAUACAGUAAUACACACCCACUCUCACAGUAACACACACGCUCACAGUAACACACACUCUCACAGUAACACACACUCUCACAGUAACACACACGCUCACAGUAACACACACGCUCACAGUAACACACACGCUCACAGUAACACACACGCUCACAGUAACACACACGCUCACAGUAACACACACGCUCACAGUAACAACCCACAUUAACACCACUCUCACAGUAACACACACAGCUCCGAGCCUGUACACACCACCAGUAGCAAACACGCUACAGUAACACACACGUCAAGUACCAUCACGUAACAGUGAACUACAUACCGUUACCUAGUGAACAGACUGCUGACAGUAAACAUACCGCCAGUAAGCACACUGCACAGUAACUGACACCCACAGUUACCACUGCUCACAGAACACACAGCUCACAGAAUACACACGCUCACGUAACACACACGCUGGCAGUAACACACACGUACAUGUGAUACCACCUCACAGUGACACGGCUCAACAGUAACAGCCACGCUCACGGUAAACACUUCACGUAACACAACGUCACAGUGGUAGACACGCACGUGUAAACACACGUCAUGCGGUGAACAGAGCUGGUAGGCUGAAACAACACAGCGUAAGCGUGAGGACUAAGCGGGUGAACUACAGCAUGUACGCGGACGGAGCUCACAGGUAACACACACGCUCGACUGUGAGGACACUGCACAGCUAACACAACAGUCACUGACGCUGCAGGCUACAGAAAAAGGCAAGUAACACAACUCUACACGUAACGACUACGGCUCACAGUACAAAACCACAGUUACACAGCAGUAACAACGCUCACAGAACACCACGGCAGACCACAGCUACAUGAACACACAGUACGUGAGGACUAAGCUGGCUAACAACCCGUGUACUGCGAGCUGACAGUAACAAAGCUCAAGUAACACUACGGUCACGAGUAACACCGGCUGCUGAACUACAGCAGCUGACUCACAGUAACACGACGGCUCACAUAACAUACUCUGUGAGGACUAGACGGUACACCACGCUCACGGGACACAAGCUCAAGAAGCGACUACCUCACGUAAACCACUGCCAAGUAGACAGCACGGCUACACCAGUGAUACACUGUGAACUAGCGCGCGUAACACACACGCUCACUGUGAGCACUCACGUGAACUCAAACAGGACGCUGGUGAGGACUAGCGGUAACACACACGCUCAGUACACUACGACGCUGCUGAAACACAGUUAACUCACGACGGUCACAAGUAAGGCGAACUACACAGGUACUGGUGAGGACUAACGCUGCAACUAACACACGUACUCGACAGGAACACACUCGCUAACUAACACACUGUACUGCUGGAGACGUAAGUACACACACUACACAGUUAACGCAUGUGAAGUAACACAGACGCUCACAGAACACACACGCUCACAGUGAGACAACGGCUCACAGUAACAACACGUCUGCAGUAACCACUACAAGCUGCACACACAACAGUAACCACGAUGGUCACGUAACAACGCUCACAUCAACACACAUCGCUAGUGAGCACUAGAGCUGGCCAGUACAACUACUCACUAGUAACACACAGCUGACUAGAACACACACGCUAACAGUAAACACGACGUCACGUAACAGACGAACUCACAGUUAAACACAGUAGAACCAAGCUGCUGUAACAGCCAGUGAACUCAGGUGAAGAAGCUGGCUGAACACAAACAGGACUGCUGGUGAGGACUAGACGCACUGUGAACUACACAGCUGCGGUCGGACUAGAACGUGCUGAACUACAAACCGUAUGCUAGGGAGACUAACGCGAACUAAGCAAGACACGGAAGACUAAAGCACGCGAACUACACACACGCUGACAGUAAACAAGCUGCUGACAAACACGUACAGUACAGACAGCUACGUAACACACAGUGACUACGAAACUAGAGCUGGCUAACUACAACAGUUACACGUAGACACUACGCUGCGUAACACACACGCUCACAGUAACAUCACACGCUGAAAUAACAUACUGAGACAAGCGCUGCGAACACAACAGUCACGGUAAGCACACCUCACAGACUAAAACACACUUCCAGCUAAACUACACAGACGCGCUGACACAGAUGUCAACCUACAGUAGACACACCUACAGUAACACACACGCUCACGUAACACACAGCUGCCAGUAACACACACGCUCAGUAAACCACGCCACAGCUAACACACAGCAUGUCACAGUAACAGCACCUCACAGUAACAACAGCUACGUAACACAACACGCUACAGUAAAAACACACGCUCACAGUAACACACACUCUCACAGAACAAAACCACGCUCAAAAGUAACACACACGCUCACAGUAACACACCACGCUCAAAAGUAACACACACGCUCCCCAGUAACACACGCUCCAGUAAAAAACAAGCUCACAGUAAAACACAAACCCCACAGUAACACACACGCUCACAGUAACACACAACUCACAAACAACCUCACAGUAACACACAGCUCACAGUAACACACACCCACAGGAAAAACCUACGCUCACAGUAACACACCACGCUCACAUUAACACACACGCUCACAGUAACCACACGCUCACAGUAACACACACGCUCACAGUAAAAACAACACCUCACAGUAACACACACGGCUAAAAGUAAACACACACGCUCACAGUAAACACACCUCACAGUAACACACACCUCACGUAACACACACGCUCACAGUAAACACAACGCUCACAGUAACACACACGCUCACAGUAACACACACCUCACAGUAACACACACCUCACAGUAACACACACGCUCACAGUAACCACACACGCUCACAGUAACACCCCCACCUCACAGUAACACCACACCUCACAGUAAACACACACGCUCACAUACACACACGCUCACAGUAACACACACGCUAAAAGUAACACACACGCUCACAGUAACACACCCCGCUCACAGUUAACACACACGCUCACAGUAACCCACUCUCACAGUAAAAACCCCACCUCACAGUAACACACACGCUCACAGUAAACACACACUCUCACAGUAACACACAAAGCUCACAGUAACAAACACGCUCACAGUAACACACCACUCUCCACAUAAACACACACGCUCACGAACACACACUCUCACAGUAACACACACGCUCACAGUAACACACAAAGCUCACAGUAACACACACGCUCCACAGUAACACACGCUCACAGUAACACACACGCUCACAGUAACACACACGCUCACAGUUUAACACACACGCUCACAGAAACACCCACGCUCCAGUAACACACCCCGCUCACAGUAAAACACACUCUCACAGUAACACCACCUCACAGUAACACACGCUCACAGUAACACACACGAUCAAAAGUAACACCCCCCUCACAGUAACACACACGCUCACAGUAACACCACUCUCACAGUAACACACACGCUACAGUAACACACACGCUCACAGUAACACACACGUCACAAACACACACGCUCACAGUAAACACACGCUCACAGUAACACACACUCUCACAGUAACACACACGCUCACAGUAAAACACACGCUCACAGUAAACACACGCUCACGUAACACACACUCUCACAGUAACACAACCUCGCCACUAACACACACGCUCACAGUAACACACACGCUCACAGUAACACACACGUCACAGAACCACACACUCAAGUAACACACCGCACGUAACACACCGCUCACAGUAACACACACCUCACAGUAACACAACGUCACGCCACAGUCACGUUAACACACAGCUCACAGAACACACGCUACGUAACACACAGCUCACAGUAACACACAUCACGUAACAAAACCACGCUCACGUAACAACACGCUCACAGUAAACAAAACCCCUCACGUUAAACACACGCUCACAGAACCAACCCCCAAACCGCUGAGAUGCAGUCAACCACCAGUACAGUAACAUAAGCUGGCUGAAAUACACAGUGUACUGCUGGUGAGACUAGAGCUGGUCUGAACUACAACAUGUAGCUGGUGAGGAAAUAGAGCUGCUGAAACAAGUUAUGUUAAACAAGCGCUUAACAAAACAUACUGCAGUAACUAAGCGGCUGCUACUACAACAUUACGGGUGGGAACAGAGCGCCGAACACACACGUGUACCAACAGACUGGGGAGCCGCGAAACACACAGUACUGCUAGGAAGGCUAGAGCUGGGUGAAACAAAGGGGUAAGGCUGGUGAGGACUAGGCGGGGCUUAAACAGGAUGGGUGAGGACUAGAGCUGGCUGAACUACAACAGUGUACUGCUGGUGAGGACUAGAGCUGGCUGGAAUCUGUGGGGGCAAUGUCCUCAAAAUGUCCCCAUACAAAUGUUUCAAAGGCUGCAAUUCAAACAAAACCCACCACAUUAGCAAUGCUUACGCAGUGUCUUUGUUCACAAAUUAGUGUGUAGUCACGCACGCACGCAGACACACACACACAACCCACUUGGAAAUCCCAGACCUGGAACAUUGUUACAUUGUAGGAGGCAACCCAUCUGCCUAGGGGGAAUGGGCUGGGCUGGGAAUGGGCUGGGGUGGAGUUGGAAUGGGUUUGGAAUGGGCUGUGUUGGGAAUGGGCUGGGCUGGGGUGGAGUGGGUUUGGAAUGGGGCUGGGCUGGGGUUUGGUAAUGAGCUGUUGUGGGAAUGGGCUGGGCUGGGACUGGGCUGGGGUUGGGUGGUGUGGGAGUGGGUUUGGAAUGGGCUGGGGCUGGCUGGGCUGGGCUGGGAAUGGGUUUGGGCUGGGGUUUGGGUGGGGUGGGGUGGAGUGGGUUUGGAAUGGGCUGGGAAUGGGUGGGGCUGGGGUUGGGUGGAGUGGGUUGGGAAUGGGUUGGGUGGAGUGGGUUGGGGAAUGGGUUGGGUUGGGUGGGGUGGAGUGGGUUUGGAAUGGGCUGGGGUUGGGUGGGGGGUGGAGGGUUUGGAAUGGGCUGGGGUUGGGUGGGGUGGAGUGGGUUUGGAAAGGGCUGGGCUGGGUUGGGUGGGGUGGAGUGGGUUUGGAAAGGGCUGGGCUGGGUUGGGUGGGGUGGAGUGGGUUUGGAAUGGGCUGGCUGGGGUUGGGUGGGGUGGAGUGGGGUUUGGAAUGGGCUGGGGGUUGGGUGGGGUGGAGUGGGUUUGGAAUGGGCUGGGGUUGGGUGGGGUGGAGUGGGGUUUGGAAUGGGCUGGGGUUGCGUGGGGUGGAGUGGGUGUGGAAUGGGCUGGGCUGGGAAUGGGGUGGGGUGGAGUGGGUUUGGAAAGGGGUGGGGUGGGGUGGGAAUGGACUGGGCUGGGUUGGGUGGGGUGGGAAGUCCUAGAUCAGCACUACUCUGAGAUGCUUUAUGGAUGCAGGCCCAGGUCAGGUGGGUCCCAUGCUCUACAUACUAAACCCUCAUAUCUGCUCCGUGACCUCAUUUCCUGUCUGUUAGGGUCCAGAGGAGGGGGCGGGGUCAGAGAUCAUGAACCUGAGUGAGAAGGUUCCCAUUGGUCUCCCUGUGGAGGGGGCGGGAGCAGGGACGGGGGAGGAGAAACCCCCCCUACCUGAGUGGAGCGAGAAGAUGUCCCAAGGCAUCCUGGCAGGUAUGGGGGUGUGUGUCUAUGUGUGUGUGACUGUGUGUGUGUGUCUAUGUGUGUGUGACUGUGUGUGUAGGUGUGCAUGCACUUGUGAGAGAGAGCGGACAUGCAGUCUGUCUGUCUGUCCCUCCUGCAGGUGCAUCAUGGCUGAGUAAGGGGUUUGUGCGUGGAGCGGAGGCCACAGGUAAGGCCAUUCAUAAAGGAGCGUCCAAGCUGAGAGAACACAUCACCCCAGAGAACGUCCCAGCUGAGGUCAGCCCUGGGGUCACUAAGAGCCUGCACCACGCAAAACAGGCCACCGGGGGCGCUGUUCGCGUCAGUCAGUUCCUGGGUAAGGACAUGGAGGGUAUAAAACAAAGAUGAUAUCUCUACUGGAUGGAGGGGGCAGAUAAAGGUCACCAAAACACAUGAUGUAGACACUUGGUGUGUGUGUAUACUAACACUCUUGUAAACUUGUGUUUGUGUGUUUGCAGUGGACGGAGUGUGUACCGUAGCAGGCUGUGUGGGGGAGAAGCUGGCUCCUCAUGUAAAGAAACAUGGCAGUAAACUGAUCCCUGAGUCCAUGAAGAACACUAAAGAUGGCCGCUCCAACCUGGACGGAGCUAUGGUGGUGGCAGCCAGCAGCAUGCAGGGUAGGGAGAGAGAGACACACAGUAGCGACCGUGAUCCAAACACAGAAUAUUUUGAUUAUCCGAGUGUACUAGGGUGACCUGCCUAUCUAAUAAUCAAACUAUUCUCUGUGUAUCGCUGUCUAAGGUCUCUCCACUAUGUGGACUGGUUUGGAAACUGGAGCAAAGAACAUCGGCAAGAGUGUCACCUCUGAGACGGUCACGACCGUGAAGCAUAAGUAAGUUCCCCUCUAUCAUCCCCCUCUUCCUCUCUCUCCGCCCUCCUCGCCCUCCUCCUUCGGCCUCCUCCUCGCCCUCCUCCCUCGGCCUCCUCCCUCGGCCUCCUCCCCCCUCCUCCUCCUCCUCCUCCACCCUCCUCCUACUCUUCCUCCUCCUACAUGUAACCAUCAUUAGAUCUUCUAUCACUCUAUUUUAAGGGGCUAUGCUUUUCUCUUCUCUUUGUUUCACCCCUUUCAUCAUGGUCUUUGUAUUCUGGGUGCCAGCUAGUGUCUUCUUUAUCCCACUAGAUGCGGUCUUUGGCAAGGCAACAAUGUAGUGUUGUUAUUAGAGGGAGAAACACACUGGCAGCCAGGCUGAAUUCUAGAACUUUCUAUUUUUCCACACCUCUCCUUUCCCUCCUUCCCUCUCGCCAUCUCUCUUCUUCUUUUCCAGAUUUCGGGGUCUAGAGGGUCUUUUAGACAACCCCAGCAACUGACGGGUCGGGGAGUAAAGACAGAGACCUUUGAACUGUAACCUUUGACCUUUGUGACUGAAUACUGACUGAAUCAUCCCUAUGUGAAUAACUCUGCUCUGGCCUGAAAAUGACCCGUGAUCCCUAACCCCUAGCUUCUAGCUCCUAGUCCCUAGUAUCUAGCUCCUAGUCCCUAGCCCCUAAUCCCUAUCUCCUAACCCCUAGGCCCCUAAUGCCUAAUUCCUAGGAACUUGUGUUGAUCUAAGUCCAUUGAAAGGCUAGGUGGUGGAAGGUGGAACCAUCCAAUAUGGAAGGUCCAACCAUCCUCAUAUUGCUCACACCUAUCCUCGGAUCAAGGCAAUGGAAGGGAUUAUUGAUUGUUUUCAGACAGGCAGGGGUCCUGGCAGGCCUGUGUGUCUGUGUGUUUUGGGUGGAGGUACCGUUCUUAUGUGAAGCCUCUUUCCUGCUUUGUUACUAAUAAACCUAAUAUGAAAUCAAAUAACUUCAGUGACUCUGUCCCCUCUUUCACUGAUUGUGCAUCCCAAAUGGCACCCUAUUCCUUACAUAGUGUACUACUUUUGAUCAGGGUCCAUAGGGCUGUGGUCAAAAGUAGUGCACCAGAUAGGGAAUAGGGUGUCAUUUGGGACGCAUUUACACACACUGUAUCUUUACCAUUAUACUGGGCUGGGCUUAUUACCAUAGAACCAUUCCAUUGUGUCUGUCUGCCUGAUCGUAUCUUUUCUACCAUCCUCUGCCUUGGAGUUAAUGCUCCCUCCCUACUCCCUCCCUCGCUCCCUCCCUACUCCUCCCUCCCUCCCUCCCUACUCCUCCCUCCCUCUCUCCCUACUCCUCUCUCCCUCUCUCCCUACUCCUCCCUCCCUCUCUCCCUACUCCUCCCUCCCUCUCUCCCUACUCCUCCCUCCCUCGCUCCCUACUCCUCCCUCCCUCGCUCCCUACUCCUCCCUCCCUCGCUCCCUACUCCUCCCUCCCUCGCUCCCUACUCUUCGCUCCCUACUCCCUCCCUCGCUCCCUACUCCUCUCUCUCGCUCUCUCUCCCUACUCCUCCCUCCCUCGCACCCUACUCCUCGCUCCCUACUCCUCCCUCCCUCUCUCACGACUCCUCCCUCCCCUCGCUCCCUACUCCCUCCCUCGCUCCCUUCUCCUCUCUCUCCCUCUCUCCCUACUCCUCCCUCUCUCCCUACUCCUCUCUCCCUACUCCUCCCUCCCUCUCUCCCUACUCCUCCCUCCCUCUCUCCCUACUCCUCUCCCUACUCCUCCCUCUCUCCCUACUCCUCCCUCCCCUCCCUCCCUCUCUCCCUACUCCUCUCCCUACUCCUCCCUCUCUCCCUACUCCUCCCUCUCUCCCUACUCCUCCCUCUCUCCCUACUCCUCCCUCUCUCCCUACUCCUCCCUCCCUCCCCUCCUCGCUUCCCUCUAACCCUGCCCACUUCCACCCAUCCUAUGAUGAAGGUACGGCGAUGACGUGAGCAAAGCCAUGGACACGGGCAUCCAAUCAGUGAUCAACGUGGGCGUGGCCGCGUUCAAUGUGGACAACCUGGGUAUCAAGGGUGUCCUGAAGACUGCUGGAAAACAGACCGCUAAAGCUGUGUGCAAAGAGCAAAACAAUACCACACAGGCCACAGUCGGAGACCACAACCACACAGUCAACGGAGGCCCAGCGGAGAAAGAGAUGAGGGAGAGGAAGAACAAUGAGGAAGAGAAGAAAUAGAUGUCAUAAUUAUUUAGUGGCUCUUGUCUAUUUGGCCUCUAUAUCUUUUGGCCCCUCUCUGUGUUCAUAGGCCCCUAUAUCUUUUGGCCCCUAUAUCUUUUGGCCCCUCUCUGUGUUCAUAGGCCCCUAUAUCUUUUGGCCCUACAUCUUUUAGCCCCUCUCUGUGUUCAUAGGCCCCUAUAUCUUUUGGCCCUACAUCUUUUAGCCCCUCUCUGUGUUCAUAGGCCCCUAUAUAUUUUGGCCCCUCUCUCUUUUGGCCCCUCUCUGUGUUCAUAGGCCCCUAUAUCUUUUAGCCCGUCUGUGUUGGUAGAUCUGAACGGAGUAGAUACUGUAGGUGUAAGAGUCAUGGUGAUCGCUCCACACAUAGCCCUCCUACCUCCAGUUUGCAAAAAAAGGUAAUUGCAUCAUAUUGUUUUUAAUCUAUCCAGACCUUUCGGUGGAGGGUGAAGUUGCCC